UAACGACUUUACAGAGUCAAGAUCAUACUACAGACGCUUUUAUUCACUUAGUUGUGGAACAACUUCGCCGGAGAGGAGUCAGCUGCCUAGAAACACAGACAACAACAACAACAGCAAAGAUGUCGCAGACGCUCGCCUACAUCGUGAUAAUCGCUCUUAUUGCUAAUCUCUUAUCAGUUUCUGGCCUGCGCUGCCACCAGUGCAACUCACAUGAUAAUGAGGACUGCGUCAGCCUCGUGGUGAAUACGCCACGCGCCCAGCGGGACGAUCAAUACUUGAGGGACUGUGCGCCCAAGGGGGAUGAGCAGGCAUUCUGCCGCAAGACGAUCAUUCAUCUGGAUGUGAAUGAGGAGCGGCGCAUCGAGCGUAGCUGCGGCUGGAUACAGGAGAAAACGCAUAACGCCUGCUUCACGGCUGACAACGAGGGCUACAAGCAGACCAUUUGCACCUGCAGCGAGGAUGGCUGCAAUGCAGCGCCGGCGUUAGCCAGUCCCGCUUCCUUCCUGACCACAAGUCUUUGCCUGGCCGCCUCUCUCGGCUGCUUGCUGCGGCACUGAGGCCGUGCAUUCCAUCAGCAUGCAUUCAUCCAGAAAGAAUAAUUUCAAAAACCUAAUAACAUUAUCCAUC